UCUCUAUAUACUUUUACCACCUCUUUGUUUUCCCCGUUUUGGAUUUUCUCUAUAAAUAUUGUCUACCUCUCCACACUCCAUAUUUUUAGUUUCUCUAAAUAAUAUUUGUCUUCUUCGAGUUUUCAAUACUUAUGGAUGAUACCAUCCGUCUUCGUCGCCUUCGAAGUCGCAAGCAAACCAAGUUCAUUCGAUAUGGCUCCGAAGAAGUGACUAGUAUCAAAUGGGAGUUUAUCGAUAUGACGAAACAAGAAGAAGAUCUCAUCUCUCGGAUGUACAGACUUGUCGGUGAUAGGUGGGAUCUAAUAGCGGGAAGAGUGGCAGGACGAAGAGCAAGUGAGAUAGAAAGAUAUUGGAUAAUGAAAAAUAAUGAUUAUUUCUCAACUAAAUAGAAUCAACUCUAUUCUCUAAAAACCUCCAUGUUUUUUUCUUUCUGUUUCUGCUCCUUAAUUUCUCUUAUAUUGGAAAAUAAAAACUUUAAAUUCUGGACAAUAAUUUAUGUUAUUAUGGACUGUAAAAGCUUCAAUAUGUUUAUCUUAAUUCAUUAUCAUCAUAUAU